GCACUCGCGCACCCGAGUGCUCCAGUUUCCCACGGCGCACUUGGCUCGGGCUUCUCGGCGGAGCGUGCAGUAACGCGAAGCCUCUGUUUCGGAGCACGGGACUGCACAAUGGCAGAGCAACUUUCCCCUGGAAAGGCGACGGAUCAGGUGUGCACCUUCCUGUUCAAAAAGCCUGGGCGAAAGGGGCCUGUAGGCCGCAGGAAGCGCCCGAUCUGCGACCCAGAGCCCGGAGACAGCAGCAGCAGCAGCAGCGACGAAGGCAGCACUGUGGUUCGCCGCGAAAAGAAGCGGGCGACCCACAAUCCGAUGAUACAGAAGACUCGUGGCAGUGGUAAACAGAAGGUGGUUUACUGUGAAUUGAGUAGCGAGGAGGAGGAGGGGGAUGGGAAGGGGAAUGAGGCUGAGACUCUCCGUGUGGUCUACAAGUCCACCCGCUCGGCGAAACCCGUGGGGCCAGAGGAUAUGGGGGCGACUGCUGUCUACGAGCUAGACACAGAAAAGGAGCGUGACGCACAAGCCAUCUUUGAGCGCAGCCAGAAGAUCCAGGAGGAGCUGAGAGGCAAGGAAGAUGACAAGAUCUAUCGGGGAAUCAAUAACUAUCAGAAAUACAUGAAACCCAAGGAUACAUCUAUGGGCAAUGCUUCCUCCGGAAUGGUGCGGAAGGGCCCCAUCCGAGCUCCCGAGCAUCUACGUGCCACCGUGCGCUGGGAUUACCAGCCCGACAUUUGUAAGGACUAUAAGGAGACUGGCUUUUGUGGCUUCGGAGACAGCUGCAAAUUCCUCCAUGACCGAUCAGAUUACAAGCAUGGGUGGCAGAUCGAACGUGAGCUUGAUGAGGGUCGCUAUGGUGUCUAUGAAGAUGAAAAUUAUGAAGUGGGAAGCGAUAGUGAGGAAAUACCAUUCAAGUGUUUCAUCUGUCGCCAGUCCUUCCAAAACCCAGUCGUCACCAAGUGCAGGCAUUAUUUCUGCGAGAGCUGUGCACUGCAGCAUUUCCGCACGACCCCGCGCUGCUACGUCUGCGAUCAGCAGACCAAUGGCGUCUUCAAUCCAGCGAAAGAAUUGAUUGCUAAACUGGAUAAGAAUCAGGAAGCAGAAGAGGAUGGGAACUUGACAGAGGAAAAGGCAGGUGAUGAAGUAGGUUCCUUGAUAGAUGGCUUGUGAAAGCAUCAAGAUAACAUCACUGACUCACACUCCCAAGAUGUCUUGCAGAAAUCAUUAAGCAGAAAGGACCACCUGGCGUUAAGAAGACCCUGGACAGGAUGCCACCACGAACUAAAAUGAGAUUAAGAAAAUUGCUGAAGCUUCAACAAGAACUGACCAAUGAACAACGCAGCCCACAACCCUGAACUUCUUACUCGUGCUUAAUCAUGAUAUUUUGCCUUUAAAACCCCCAAUUGUAAGCCAUCAGUGAUCUGGGUUUUUAAGUGAUAGCUUCCAGUUCUUCUUGUGUGGUGCCCUGCAAUAAAGCUACCCUAAUUCCUCCACUACAA